AUGUUUGCCCUCGCCCCCACACCUCUCCGCUUAUCCGCCACCAUCCCCCCUUCCUGCCCACCACAUCCUCUCUACCCGCUCUCUCCUGCCAGCUUUCCCCCACCCGCUUCCCCCUCUCUAUCCGCCCUAUCUGCCACCCUUCAUCUCCCCUCUCCCCCCAUUGUCCGACCCUGGCUCUCGCCAGAGCGGCAGCAGCACGCACAAGAUGCGGCGUGUCAUGGGGCUUGUGCAACCAAGGCAAGCUGGGGGGAAGCAGGGCAGGGCGUGGGGGCAAGCAGGGUGUGGGUCAAGCUCCCUUCCCGCAGGCCCCUACCCCCUCCCUCGUCCCAGUCACUCUAUGAGGCUGGGUACGCCUCGUCCCUCCCAGGGGGUGCUGGUGGGCAGGGAAGGGGCAUGCCCGCCGUGACUCGGCCGAGGAGAGAGGCAGUGCUGGCGACGGCCAAGCGUGAGUUUCGAAACGCCUUAAAAAACGCUCACCCCUCCGUUUCCUCUUCCCCCCUCCUUCCUCUCUUUCCCCCCCCCCCCCUCCCCUCCCCCCCAAUUCCCCUCCCCCCUCUCCUCCCCUUCCCCCUGCGCUGCGUCUUUCAAGGCGCCUCAGAAGGUGGGGACAGUGGUGGGCAGCGCUGCUCUCCGCCGCCGCGGAUGAGGCGCGAGCGGCAUGCUCGUGUGCUGCCUGACUCAUCCGCGCGGAGGUGCACGCGGAGGUGCACGCGGAGGCGCACGAGGAGGUGUGCGCGGAGGUGUGCGCGGAGGUGUGCGUGCGCGGAGGUGUGCGCGGCGCUGCCCUCCGCCGCGACGGACGAGGUGCGGUGCACUAAGGCAGCUUAG